AUGGCGGCCGACAAACAGCCCAAGCUCUCUCUUCAGGAGGACAGCAUCGCCAAGAUGCUUAUCUGCAAAGCCCACAUCGGCACGAAGAACGUCGAGCACAAGAUGCGCCCGUACGUCUUCAAGUCGACCAGCGAGGGCAUCCACCUGAUCAACUUGGCGAAGACGUGGGAGAAGAUCCUCAUGGCCGCCCGGGUGAUUGUCGCGAUCGAAAACCCCGCGGACGUCCUCGUUAUCAGCGCCCGCCCCUACGGUAGCCGCGCGGUCCUUAAGUUCUCGCAGUACGUCGGCGCACAGGCCAUCGCUGGUCGCUGGACUCCCGGUAUGCUGACUAACCAGAUCACCCAGAAGUUCAUGGAGCCGAGACUUCUCAUCGUCACCGACCCUCGCACUGACGCCCAGGCCGUCCGCGAGAGUGCGUACGCCAACGUUCCCGUCAUCGCUCUCUGCGACACGGACUCGCCCCUGGACCACGUCGACAUCUGCAUCCCCUGCAACAACAAGGGCAAGGAGUCCAUUGCGCUCAUGUACUGGCUCCUCGCGCGUGAGGUCCUCUAUCUGCGUGGCGAGCUGCCGUCGAGAAACGUGCCGUGGGAUGUCAUGGUCGACAUGUUCUUCUGGAGAGACCCGGAGGAGUUCGAGCGGAAGGAGAGACUCGAGGACGAGGAGCUCGCUCCCCAUGCGGCUCAGGCAGACACCACUCAGUGGGGUGCGGACGCCGCUGCUGCCGAGUGGAAGCAGGCUGGUGCCGACUGGACGGGCCCCGCGGCUGGCGCUGCCGGCGAGUGGGAGCAGCCCGCUGGCGCCGCCGAGGGCGAGUGGGGUGGCGGCCGCGCUGGUGUUGCUGUGGGCGAACCCUGGUAA